UGUUACUUUGUCUUUGUCUACAAGUCUUUAAGUUACAGCGAAAACGUGGUAUUCCUUUAAGUCUUUGUUCAUUGCGAUUAAAAAAAAUUAACUCCAAUUCAGACUAAAAGCAGUCAACUUUUAAAUUUGUUGGGAUAUUCUGUCUUGAGUUAAACUCUACAAAUCAUCUUUAAAGUUCAACUCUAGCGACAACACUCUAUAAACAGUAAACUUUCACUUUUGUUUGUCAACAACAACCAACGGUGGUUAAAUAUACCGGAUAAAAUAACCUUUCAAUCAAUUUUGUCCAACUUUCCAAGUUAAAUUUUCAUUUUACAAAUUUAUCCGUCUUGUCAUGUCAUACAAAAUGUCUGAGAAAGAAGUGAUCGCUAAGAAUGACAAUAAAGAGACUGAAACCAAAGAUGUAACAUCUCAAAAACGAAGUAUCAAUGAAGUUACUUCAGAAGACUCUAAUUCUGUAUUGGAUGGUCUUGACGAUGAUUCUAACUCCAAUGUAGCUCAGGGUAAACUCAAUAAUUCAAAGAGCAAAAAACAGAAGACUAAGGAACAUGAAGAGAAUGGAGAAGAUUCAGUCUCCAAUGAUGUCUUAGAUGACGAUGAAGACGACGAAGACGAUGAGGGUAGCGAAGAUGACUUCGGACCUGGUGAUGCAGAUGAUGCAGAAGACGACGCCAAUGAGAGUAACCAGGGUGGUGCUGAUGGAAACGAUGAUGGGGAUGAGGACGAUGAGGAUGACGAAGACGAUUGAAUAAAUUAAUCAUCCAGCUUAGACACCAACUUAAAACAUACACAAUUCACUAAAGCAAAUCAACUACAAAACAAAACUCCAUCACACCUCCACCAACUCAACCACCACUUUCACAUUUACCCUUUUUUUCUCGUAUCAUCUAUCUCUUUUACGCUUCUCUUUCACUCUUCCUCUUACUAUUUCUUACAUCUUGCAGACUCCUCUCUCUCUCUAUCUCUAUCUCUUCCCUUCUACAUCCACCUUUCAACUAUAAUGUGAGCAUUAUUUAAGACCCUUCGAAGGAUUGCUUGAUAAAAUUUAAAAUAAUGAUCGAUUUCCUUGCUAAAUCCCAAUGUAGGCAUCAGUUCGCUCACACAAAAACAAAUCAAUUACUGCUACACUACUACCAGAUUAGCUGCUCUACUACCUAAAUGUAGUAAAAUCCCAUCUCUAAGCUCGUUCGUUAGCUCACUCUUUUAUUGUUUUUUUAAAAAAAGCAAUCUUACUUUUAUUAACAAUUAUUUUUCCCUGAUCUUUAAUCAGACCACCGCUUCCCUCCUCGUUUUCUGGUCAUUUGUAUGCCUCUAAGUUAUAAUUAACUUAAUUGUACAUCCGUUUCCUUUUGAAACAUCAAAAAGAGACUCGAUAAAAACCAUGAGACAUAAAGACGAAGAAAGAAAUGAAAAAAGUACACACUCGGCGUUACACUGACAUUUUGUGGUUACGGAUUCCAUUUUUUUCUUUCCUCCGUGAACAAACCCAUCAUUAUUCAUAUAAUCAUCAGCCUUUGUCCUCUUUUCUUUACAAUUUCAUUGCUUUUCAAUCUUAAUAGAAAAAUCAAAUCAACAAAAGAAAAUCAACUUUUCCAAUCAAUGCACUCAUAAAGAAAACAAAAGAAGCUGAAAAAUACAAAAAAAAGUCAAUGAAAAUCACUCCCAGUCCAGAUGAAUUUCACCAUUUAUUUCCAAUUUUUACAAGCUUGGAUGAGAUCAACCGAUGUUUAUAUCAACACCAAUUUCGGGACAAAAGGGAGCGAGAAAGAGAGAGCAAUGGUUCCAAUUAAUUUAUACAGUACUUAGCCAGUCCACUUCGACUCUUAAUUUACUUUUGCUCUCCAUCAUCAUCAUCUUUUUCCCUCUCUUUCUUUCCCUUCUGUCUUUUACUUUAUCUUCAUUUUUUUCUCUCUCAAUUCUUUCCUCAUUCUGAAAACAAUGAAUUGUCAUCAUGUUUUUAGUUAUUCCGAUUUCACAUAAAUCAUUUCACUAAAAAAAGUCCAAUCUUUCAAUUUUCAUUUUUGAAUUUCAUUUUAUUCAUUAAUUGAUACAUUGAUUACUCAUUUGUUUACAAAAAAACACAUUUUCUGUUUCUCUUAAUCAUAAUUUUAUCGCGUUCAUCACAAGCCUUUACUUUCAAUAACAAUAAUAAUUAUGAAAACAUCUUUAAAUAGUUUAUUGUAAAUUGACCAACCUGAUCAUCAACUGACACCAUCUUCAUCAUCAUUGAUAGAAAGAAAUGAAAAAACUGUUAAUAUUGCUAAUUAGUUAAUUGUUGAGGAUAAAAAUGAAUGAAAAAUCCAUCAUCAUCUUCAUCAUCUUCAUCGACUACAACAAAAACCUCAACAAACAUCAUCAUUUUUCAUGUGUUCAAUUAUCAUUCAAUUAUCUUCACUUCUUGAUUGACUUGCUCCUUUUUAUCAACUAUUAUAUAAAAACUAAUUUUAUCUGAAUCAUGAUAAUAAUUCAAUAAUCCAAAGUCAACAAUUUACUCUUCUUACUCUUAUCUAUUCAAACCAAUUGUAAGUUAACCACUUUCAAAAUCAUUUUCAUUUUGUUCACAACUCUAUCAUUGGUUGAACAUUAUUGAUCCAAUAAUUCAAAACUAUUGGUACAAUUGAAGCACCCGAUUAUCAUUUUAACUGUCAAGAUAUUUUAGUCCAAAAUUCAAGAUGCUCAUUUUAAAUCAACAGACAAUUGUUUCAAUGGAAAAAUCAAGCAAAUCGAAUCGAAUUGAAUACAAUCUUGUAAUAAGCAACGUUUGGGAUCAAUCCGAAGGAGUAAAAUAAUGGAACAUCAACAACAAAAAUGGAUAAUUUUCAAGCAAUUUUUCAGAUUAAUUGUUCAUUUUAAAGUUGACUAUCAAUAACUUAAUUGUCAAUUUACAAACUUAUAGACAAUCUCAGAAAGUCUAAUGUCAUCUCAAUAUAGUCAUAACUGUUCAAUUAACUGUGACUGUUGACUAAUAGAGCUUUUGUUUAUGAUUAAUGUUUAAUAGUUUUUACCUAUUUAUUAAAUAUCUAUUUACACAUUA